AUGAAGGUGGCCGUCACCGGCGCGGGCGGCCGAACCGGCUCGCUCUGCAUGAAGCUCCUCGCGCAGUCGCCCGAGUUCGCCCCGCCCAGAGGACUGGUGCGCAGCGAAAAGUCCGCGGCGAAGGUGAAGAAGCUGCUGGGCGCCGAGUCCGACGCCGAGUGCGUCAUCGGCGACGUCUCCGAUGCGACGUCGUGCCGCGCGCUGUGCGAGGGGUGCGACGGCCUGGUCAUCCUCACGUCCGCGGUGCCCAAGCCCAAGAUCGCGUCGCUCGUCGUCGCCAUCGUGUCCAAGAUCCUGCCCUGGAUGGACGCCAAACGCCCGGAGUUUUACUUCCCAGACGAGGGCCGACCCGAGCUCGUGGACUGGGCGUACCAGAAGAACCAGAUUGACGCCGCCAAGGCGGCGGGGGUGAAGAAGGUGGUGCUGGUGUCGUCGAUGGGGGGCACGCAGAUCGACAACUUCCUCAACACGAUGGGCGACGGCAACAUCCUCCUCUGGAAGCGCAAGGCGGAGAUGUACCUGAAGGCGUCGGGGCUGGACUACGCCAUCGUGCACCCCGGGGGCUUGCUCGACAAGGAGGGCGGAAAGCGCGAGCUGCUCGCGGGAUUGGACGACUCGCUGCUGAGCGGCGAUCGGCGAUCGGUGCCCCGCGCGGACGUCGCGCGCGUCGCCGUGGCGUGCCUCACGCUGGCGGAGGCGAGGAACGUCAGCUUCGACCUGGCGAGCAGGGAGGAAGGGGAGGGAUCGGGCGCGACGACGGACGUCGGCGCGAUGCUCGCGAACCUGCCCGGGGAGUACGACUACUCGAUGCCGACGGGCUCCCCCGUGCCGCUUCCCUGA